AUGGCCAAGAAGAGCGGAGGCUCGAAGCCCAAGGGCAAUGCCGGCAAGAAGGCCGGCGGCAGCAAGCCCAAGAAGGCUGGCAUGUUCAAGGCGCUCAAGAAGCAGGAGAAGAGGGCUGGCGUGGUAGCCGCAGACAAGAACGACCCGCACAGCAGCAAGCGGAAGGCAAAGGUGGCCAAGCGCCCGGCGCCCGUGUCCGACGAGUUCCGCAACUUUGACGAGCGCAUGGCGGCGAAGAGCACUCGAAAACCCGGUGUAGUGCCCAAGGCUGCUGCGGUGGCUCCUCCCACGUUCGUCAUGGCUGCUCCGACCUUCCAGUUCAACUCGAACCCUGGGCAGCCGACGCCCGCUCCGCGCGAAGUGGAAGGCUUUCACGGCUUCAUGCCUGCGCUGGAGGCCCCGAAGGAUGCACCGGCAGUGAACCCGAACCAGGCGGCCCGGCAGUCCAAGCCCGUGCAGCCAGAGUACCGCGGCAGCAACGUAUUUGCUGUGCUCGACGACGGCGACGAGGAGCAGCAGAAGGCGCAGGCAGCGGCGCAGGCGGCAGCAGCACCGGCGUUCAUGCAGCCGGCGACGUUCACGUUCGCGGCCGCCAAGCCCACGUUUACCUUGCAGUCGUCGCUGCGCCAGAGCAUGCAGCCCGUGGCCGUGAACGCGGCGCAAGACAUCGACCCCGACUUAUAG